UAGGUGGGAGGCGGCGGCGCGCCGGCGGCGGCCGGAAGUAGCCGAAGCGAGCGGCGGAAGUAGCCGAAGCGGCCGGAGCGGGCGGGCGGCUAGGCCGAGAGAGAGCUGCACGGGGCCCUCCGCGGCCGCCUCAACAUGUCGGACUUCGAUGAGUUCGAGCGGCAGCUCAACGAGAACAAGCAAGAGCGGGACAAGGAGAACCGGCACCGCAAACGCAGCCACAGCCGCUCUCGAAGCCGUGACCGCAAACGCCGUUCCCGAAGCCGCGACCGGCGCAACCGGGAUCAGCGCAGUGCCUCUCGGGACCGGCGGCGGCGGAGCAAGCCCUUGACCCGAGGCGCUAAGGAGGAGCACGGCGGACUGAUCCGCUCCCCCCGCCAUGAGAAGAAGAAGAAGGUUCGCAAGUACUGGGAUGUGCCACCCCCUGGCUUCGAGCACAUCACCCCCAUGCAGUACAAGGCCAUGCAAGCUGCCGGUCAGAUUCCAGCCACAGCCCUGCUCCCCACCAUGACCCCCGACGGCCUGGCUGUAACACCGACCCCAGUGCCUGUGGUGGGCAGCCAGAUGACCAGGCAGGCCCGGCGCCUCUACGUGGGCAACAUCCCCUUCGGCAUCACUGAGGAAGCCAUGAUGGACUUCUUCAACGCCCAGAUGCGGCUGGGGGGACUGACUCAGGCCCCAGGCAACCCGGUUUUGGCUGUGCAGAUUAACCAGGACAAGAACUUUGCCUUCCUAGAGUUCCGCUCAGUGGACGAGACAACCCAGGCCAUGGCCUUUGAUGGCAUCAUCUUCCAAGGCCAGUCACUGAAGAUCCGCCGGCCCCACGACUACCAGCCCCUGCCGGGCAUGUCGGAGAACCCCUCAGUCUAUGUACCCGGUGUUGUGUCCACUGUGGUCCCUGACUCGGCCCACAAGCUGUUCAUCGGGGGCUUACCCAACUACCUGAAUGAUGACCAGGUCAAAGAGCUGCUGACGUCAUUCGGGCCCCUCAAGGCCUUCAAUUUGGUCAAGGAUAGUGCCACAGGGCUCUCCAAGGGCUACGCCUUCUGUGAGUACGUGGACAUCAACGUCACCGACCAGGCCAUCGCGGGGCUGAACGGAAUGCAGCUGGGGGAUAAGAAACUCCUCGUGCAGAGGGCAAGUGUGGGGGCCAAGAACGCCACGCUGGUGAGCCCCCCGAGCACCAUCAAUCAGACGCCAGUGACGCUGCAAGUGCCAGGGUUGAUGAGCUCGCAGGUACAGAUGGGUGGGCACCCUACCGAGGUGUUGUGCCUCAUGAACAUGGUGCUGCCUGAGGAGCUGCUGGACGACGAGGAGUAUGAGGAGAUCGUGGAGGAUGUGCGCGAUGAGUGCAGCAAGUACGGGCUGGUCAAGUCCAUCGAGAUUCCCCGGCCUGUGGAUGGCGUCGAGGUGCCUGGCUGUGGGAAGAUCUUUGUGGAGUUCACAUCUGUGUUUGACUGCCAGAAAGCCAUGCAGGGCCUGACAGGGCGCAAGUUCGCCAACAGAGUGGUUGUCACAAAGUACUGUGACCCCGACUCUUACCACCGUCGGGACUUCUGGUAGAGGUGUGGGGAGGGUGGGGCUGGGCUGGCAGGGGGUUCUCCCCUGCCCCCCCUCUUCCCCCUCUGAAGACACGGGCAGAGGAGUGACACCGAUCAACAGCCGGCAGCAACUGGAAUGGCAGCAUUGGGGGGGGGGGCGGGAGGGGAGGGGGGCCUGGGGAAGUGCACAUGACAAGUACCCACAGACGCAGAGGGUCGGGGUGGGCUGGGAGGGGUACACAGACGGGCAGGGCAGAAUGGGGCCGCUGGCGCCCCUCCCCACAACAGCCUCUCCCCAACACCCCACACCCCACCCCCCCUUUACUUCCCGGCUGUAGAAAAAAGCGUGUUUAUAUUUUAUGGCCAAAAUAUUUUAAAUUUUGUUGCCUGCCCGGUGCCCUGCCCCUGGCCCCCGGCCCUCCCUGAUUUCUUAGUUAAUUCUUAGUGCCCCCACUCCCGCCUUGGCCUGGCCCCCUCAUUGGCAGUUUCAUAUUUGCUAAGACGAAUUUGCUCAUUAAACAUUUUGUUGUAUUUUA